UUUCCGAAGGUCCAUCUGCAAUCAGAAUUAAUAUGAACGUUUUAAAAAUUAUUUUAUACUGAAAUAAAUAAAUAUACAGGCUAAUAAGCCUGUAGCUAUAAGCGAUAGUUACUAAUUAAGUUUGUCACUCAUAUUUCCAUCUUGCAGAGGACCUUUGUAACGAGAUCAAAGAUGUACACCAGCUGUGCAGGGUGAAGAGGUUAUCUCAAACGCCCUUAAUUGGGCCACAGCCCAAUUAAGAGCGACUCAAAUGUCAUUACCGCUAAGUACUUCUUGCCAUUUGAGUCGGCAUGUUAGAGCUAGUCACUACGGAUUGUGGUGACACAGCACUGGACUGCCUGCAGAAGUUAAUCGCAUAUAGUCAUUUCACUAGCAAUGUGCCUGAUCCAACGGAGCCUUUGCGGUUGCUUCAUCGGUCCACAGACCGAUGAGAGUGUGCAGCUGCAGAUUAUUAAAGCUCUGCUGACUGUAAUGACAAGCCAGCAUGUGGAGAUGAUCAACGUGAUCUUCGCGCGAAUGGAGACUCAGGCGGAGGAAGAGAAC